GGCUGUAGUAGACGAAGCCCUGUACGUAGCAGCUGUCUGUGUUUCUGAGACAACGGAAAACUGUUUUCUAUAAUAUUUAAACCGUUGCAUUUUAUUUCCAUAUUAAAAUGUCUCAUACUGUUGUAACUACCACCACAACGACGACAUCGUCUUCAAACGUAGGUUACUUGAAUUUGGGAUAUACCCGCUCUCUCCAAGGAUUGUUGAAGAUUGCCCAAGUGGUAACCCUUCUGAUUGCGUUCCUCUGUGUUUACUGUUCAAGACGCAAGUGGGAUUACACAGCCUUUCAGUACUUUGAGGUGGUGACGCUGUGGUUCUUUAUAGCCUUCCUCAUCUUCUACCUCAUGUAUGUGUUUAGACUGCAGAGCAAGAUCGCCUGCAUCAACUGGACACUGACGGAGUUCCUGCAUUAUGCGGUUGGGACAGUCCUUGUCCUCAUUGCCGCUAUUGUUGCAGCUGUCAAGAAUGAAGGUGCUUCUGAACUUGUCGCUGGUUCAGUGUUUGGCUUCAUCGCUACAUUCCUACUUGCUGUCAGUAUAUGGACUUCCUAUAAGGUCACAUGUGGUUCCCAGCCAACCAGUGCUGCUGUGUAAAAGCUAUCUUGCCCCCAAGUACCCAGAUGACUCAAUUGUCAGUGAGCUGUCACUUAUCGCUAUCAUUUGGCCCAGUGCCCAUUUCAAUUAAUCUUGACUCUGUUCAGCCUGAUGUCAUUUUGGUGGAUCAGGGUUAAAUGAGCCAGCUGUGUGGGCUGUCGGAGCUGGGCAGAAUAUUGGACAUGGCAUUUGUUCCUGUAUAGGCUUGAAAUGGUCCCAAACCUGCUGUGAAUAGGGGGCAGCUGUUGUUUCAUAGAAGUGCCUACAAAGUGUUUAGAAGAGGUCAUAGAAUGUUUUUCAGUUUUAAAUUUUUUUUGACAACAAGAAGAAGUGUUAGCUUUUUUUUUAUUAUUCAAAAGCAAUGCUCCACAUUCACUAAAUUCCACGUGUCGGCUCAGUCAGAAAAUUCCUCUACAUUCGGAUGCAUCGUUUUUUAAGCUUUCAGUAUUAUAGUUUGAAUUUUUGAAUGCCAUCCUGCUAACAGUAUUUGUUUGAGAGCACAUUUUCUGGGUAAAAUGCUUAUACUACUGUAGGUCUGUCAUCGUAUUAUCAGCUGCUUAAAAUAUAAUCCUAAAAUAUCAUCAUUUUAUAUACAGUCUCAGUGUCACAGGUUUUUAAAGCUCUAUUUCAUGUGUUCAGUUUGUAUACGUUUAUACGGGUUUAACAUUAUUUUGUUUUUCUGAAGUAAAGAUUAAACUUGGCA